GCCGCCUUAUCAGUAAACUCAGUAUCGUCGACAUCGUAAUAUCUAACAAAAGUAGCAGCAGCAGCAUUGACGAAUGCGAUUUUGGCUAAAACGAUAGAUUCAACGUGAAUAGAUUCGCAACAAUAGAAGAAUUUAUAUGCGAUAUCGACGAUUUUCUCGAUUUUGUGAUUGUUUAGCGCUUUUUUUUCUCCCUUGGAAUUUCUACGUGUGCUCAAACAUUAAAGUGAGAGCAAUUGUGUAUUCUAGUGAAUCAUACGGAGUGUAUUCAAAUAGACUACACAAAACAUUUUAUCAACUGAACGAAGAAUUCAAAGAAAAAAAAAUUGAGGAGAAGUGGUUGUGAAUCACUUGUUUGCAUAGAUAACACCAAGAUCGUGUAACAUUGACAACGAUAACGGCAAACAAAAUUAGAGCGAAAGAAGAAAAAAAAAACAGAGAGAAACAUGGUUGCGACAAAUUAUUUGAGUGAAGCAAAGAAACCAAUGGUGAGCAUUGGUCACAAAAUAAGAGCGGCGCUUUGGUGCGCACAAGUGGAAAGACGUCUAAUUAUUGGAUUAAAUGAAGCGGUGAAAAUGUUAUCAAAGGCACCAAAUAAUAGUCUAUUUUGUAUAUUGGCACCAGCCAAUGGUGAUACAUCGACCCAUAUUCAAGAAGUUUUACUCGAGGCCUAUUGCUACGAAAACGAUAUCUAUAUAAUAAAAGUUGAUGCAGCCGAAAAAUUGACACGUAUUCUAGGUACACGCCGACCAGAAUCAUGUUGUUUGAUACAAAAAUCCGUGAUAAAUGCAGCCGAUAUAACAGCCAUCGAAGGUGAAUUGAUUGAUUACUGCGAAGAAAUUUGGAAUGAACCGAACGAAACUCCAAUCGAUUUACCGUGAACGUGUGCGCGCAUACAUGUAUGUUACGCAAUUUAUUCAACGAUUUUUUGUUAUGUUUUUGAACUGGAAAUAAAUGCAUAAAUUUUGGAAUUUGCUUCGGCGACUCAAGAUGAAUUCAAGAAAAUAAAAAUUCAAUUGAACACGUGACCGAAAUUUCCAACAUACGAUUUUUUUAACGGAUUGAUUUUUGGAGGCGGAUCUCUCAUCAUAUAUGCAACCAUCGAUUUUGGCCUUCUUGCGAACAUUUGUUUAUAAACGAUACAUUUCCACACCUUAGUUCAAGACCAUUCAAUGAUGAACUGAAUUUUGGACACAAAUCGCUUACACGUCGUAUUGUGUUAUGCAAGAGCCAACGAAGAGUGACACUCGAAAUACGUCAAUCGUAGACUUUCAUUGAAUAUUAAUUAAAUCGGUUUGUUGUUUUUGUUUUCGGUAUAUAUUGAGAUUCUUCGUUUUAGAAAAAUCAACCAAUGUUAUUGUUAAAUAUUGAUUUAGAUAAAAUACAUCAAGAAAUUUAAUUUGUAA